AUCCGCGCGGCGGAGGAGGGGGUCGUUAAAAAACAGCAGCAGAGGCCGGCGUCGAGGUGUUGUUCGACGGCCUCGUUCGUGGCGUGCUGGCCUCGGCUGAACUUAAAACUUUGGCGACAGAAGUCUAUAUAGCCAGCGUCGGUCGAGCGCUGAAAAAAUACGCUGGAGACCACGUAAAACAAGAGUACAGUCAUCCAGUUCAAAAAUGUUCUCCCGAGCCUCUGUGACGCGCGCGAUCCUUCUAAGCGUGCUGGCGUGCCGUACUGCAUCGCGGCGCCGCUGCGCCCGCCUACGAGACGCUGCUCGGCUUAUCCGACGCGGUGGCGCCGCGGCGGCGGGCGAAACGGGCGCAGUCAUGCCUCCUAUCGAUGAGGAAUACGACCUACUGCUGACGGAAGACUUCGGCGGCGGCGGCGGCGGCGGCGGCGCUGGUUUUCCUUCACACAACGGCGACGACGAGACGCUGCUAUAUCCAACACUCGCGUCGACGACGUCGAUGCCAAAAACGGAUACGAAAAAGGCCUUCUUCCUGUUAGGAUUGAUCGGUGCGGUGGCCGACCUCGACCGCCGCGCCUUCUUCGUGGUCGUGGCCGUCACCAACUUGUACGCGAUGCGGUUCCUCAAGGCGCACGUGCGCCCGGCCCUCACCAAGUGGAUGUGCUGCAACACGCGAUUCUCUGUGUGGAAAUCAAGAUCACGUCGAUGACGUUGGCGCCGGAAACUUGGGUUCCACACAGGCAACUCCUCGACAGCGGCAUCGCCCGCACGAUACGCACGGAGCGGACGAUCACGCGGCCCGAGGUCGACACGGUCUGGGACCUGCUAAAGAGCAAGAACAAGCCGACGACCACGGCGUCCGAGCGGGCCGACCCCUGCGAGAAAUGGCUCGACCAGUGCGGCCGCUAACUGUCCAAACGAUGUCCAAAGCCCCGCCUCCGGUCCCGAGGGCUCGAGGCGCGCAGGAAGUGUAAUGUAUACAUGUACAUCAAUAUGUACGCUCGUUCUGCAAACCCGUACCGCGCCCAUACUCAACUCAACUUUACUCAAGGCUCUCCUCGUAUGGUUCGCGGGGCGCGUGCGCAUACGGUGCUUACCGGUAGCACGGGCAGCGUGAGCACGGGCAGCGUGCGCCGGCCAGUUGUGUAGCAACAGAUGCACAAGCUCCAACUUAUCGCGGCCCUUGCCCAGGUUGUGGCUGCCCAGGUUGUGGCCACCCAGGCCGCACACAAACACAAGGUCACGAGGCACGCCGUCGCACGGGAGCUCACAGAUAGCUACGCCAUGGACGACGAUAGCAUUAGGACGGCAGUGGCUGCGUGGACCUCGGAUGCGGCGGCGGCCGAGGCGACGUACGGUCAUAUUUCUACAUGGGACACAUCGGGGGUGACGGACAUGUCGGAGUUGUUUUGCGCCGGGGACUAUUGUGACUACUACAACUCGGGGGCAGCGUCCUUCAACGAGAACAUCGGCGCGUGGGAUACCACCGAAGCCACGAGCAUGGCAGGGAUGUUCCGGGGCGCCUCAUCGUUUAACCAACCUCUUGGCGACUGGAGUUUUGACAAUAUCAUCGAUAUGCGCUCGAUGUUCUACGGCGCUUCGGCCUUCGACCAGGACCUCGGCUGGUGCGUUAUUCCCGACGAUGGCCAGUCGCCACCGGGUGGCAUUCUCAACGGCGCAUUCGAUGGCACCCUGUGCGAGUCGACGGCAUGCGGCAUCGUGGAGGACGGCUGCACGCGGGCGCCGACGACGUCCGCGCCGACCGGCUUCGUGACCCCGCCGUUCAACGUUGGCGGCAACACGACGAGCACCUGCAUCGCGGCUCCGGACGGAGCGCAACGAACGCCCGAUGGAUCCGGCAGCUGCGCGGCGGCGUGGCUCUACGAACGAGACCGUGAACCCUGGGUGCCUGGCGCCACGGCCUGCUUCGGCCGCGCGAACUUUGGCUGCCAGAAGUGCGAUGGCGAUGCGCAUCCCUGGUGCGAGGCCGUCGACGACUAUGGCAAUCAUACAGGCUGGCGCUAUUCAGAGCAUCAAUCAAACGUGCACCCGACUGACUUGUUGAUUUGUGCACAGGUGCUAUUGCUCCGACGAGGACACGGACGAAGAAAGUAAAGGUACGAUAGAUUUUUUGGAGAUCGACACGAUCGACACGACGCCCACGGACGAAGCGUGCAUCAUCCUGCAUCACCACUAUGGUAGCUCAUACGGUCCCAUUACUGGAGAUUAUACAUGCGCAACAAGCUGGAAGUAUACUGAAGCUAUCCACCAAGAGGUCUUUCACUAUGAUGAUGAUUUACAGACUUGGCAGACUUUGUACGGCUGCGGUCCGCGAACCCUGGACGGAUCUGUGUGGAACGGGGAUUUCUGGUGCGAUGCCGUGGACGCUAAUGGAGAGUACGUCGGUUGGUGUGAGUGCGAGCCGGCGCCGUCGCCGGCGCCGUCGUCCAGCACCUCGUACUCGCUGACGCCCGCGCCGGCGGCGGGCACCCUCGGCAGCGACGGCGCGCGCAAGACGACAAUUCACUACCUCGGCGCCGCGACGCUCCUCUUCCUGGCGUCCUGACUCUGAUCGCUCGAGUUUCACCCCCAAAAAAAGAAGGCUGUCCAUAGAGCCCCAAUUCGCGAUCGUUCAAGUUCCAUACCCAACUGUCCAUACUAAACCCUCUGUCGAUAAAUCCAUGUACAUGUAAA